AUAUAUUUCCAACUGAUGGCCAGUCUGAACACACAACUCCUGCAAAAGUGGUGAGAGCUGCAAACCCAAGACAGCGGAAGGGAAGCAAGGUUGGUGACUUUGGUGAUGCCACAAACUGGCCAACGCCUGGAGAAAUAGCCCACAAGAGCAUCCAGCAGCCGCACAAAACACCAUCCCUCCGGAAACUGCCUGUCAAGAAAGACAUGAAAGAGCAGGAGAAAGGGGAUGGGAGCGAUGGCAAAGAGAGCUUGAAAACCAAGUCAGAUGAGUCUGGGGAGGAGAAGAAUGGCGAUGACGACAACCAGAAGUCAGCCCAGAAGAAGAAAGGCAACAAACACAAGUGGGUCCCUUUGCAGAUAGACAUGAAGUCAGAGGUGCCUAGGGACAAAACGGCCUCUCGGAACAACCGGCAAAACGAGCAGCACAGGCACCCCUCCAACAACCGCAGCGAGCUGAAAGGCUGGCACACGGACAACAAGCAUGAGCGCAGCUGGCAGGACCACGACGAAACCUCCAGCGUGAAGAGCGAGGGAGGAGCUGUGCGAGGAGCCUUCCGGGGCCGAGGCAGGGGCCGCGGCAGGGGCCGUGGCUCACUGAAUGUUAGGUGCCGGGGGCUCUGUGCUGACCCUUACUGAUGUCCCCCAGGGCACUUCGACUACCAGUAUGGGUACCGGAAAUUUGAAGGCUCGGAUGGCUCCCGCACCCAGAAGUACGCUAGCAACAUCACUUACUACUUUGACAACAUCAGCAGCGCCGAGCUCUACAGCGUGGACCAGGAACUGCUCAAAGACUACAUCAAACGGCAGAUAGAAUAUUACUUCAGCGUGGACAACCUGGAGCGAGACUUCUUCCUGCGUCGCAAGAUGGACUCGGACGGCUUUCUUCCCAUCACCCUGAUCGCCAGCUUUCACCGGGUGCAGGCGCUGACCACCGACAUCAGCCUCAUCAUCAAGGCUCUGAAGGACAGCAAGGUGGUGGAAAUUGUGGAUGAGAAGAUCAGGAGAAAAGAGCAGCCAGAAAAAUGGGCUCUGCCUGGCCCUCCUAUGGCAGACUACACACAGACAGACUUCUCUCAGUUCAUCAACUGCCCUGAGUUUGUGCCCCGGCAGAGCUUCCAGAAAGAGACGGAGUCUGCUCCUGGCUCCCCACGUCCUGCCAGCCCGGUCCCCACCAAAACAGAGGAGGUCAGUAACCUGAAGACGAUGCCCAAGGGCCUGUCGGCAAGUCUGCCAGACCUGGAUUCGGAGACGUGGAUUGAAGUGAAGAAGAGACCUCGGCCCUCCCCAGCCAGGCCAAAGAAACCAGAGGAUUCAAAGACACCGCAGCAGCAAAAGCAGAAGGACCAAGAUGAGCCCGAGGAGCUGGACUUCCUCUUCGAUGAGGAGAUGGAGCAGAUGGAUGGCCGCAAGAACACCUUCACCGACUGGUCAGACGAGGAUUCGGAUUACGAGAUCGACGAUCGGGACGUGAACAAGAUUCUCAUCGUGACGCAGACGCCUCCUUACCUGCGCCGGCAUCCUGGUGGGGACCGGACUGGCAACCACACAUCCAGGGCUAAAAUGAGCUCAGAGUUAGCCAAGGUGAUCAACGAUGGGCUGUACUACUACGAGCAGGACCUGUGGACAGAGCAGUUUGAGCCAGAGUAUUCGCAGAUUAAGCAAGAGGUGGAGAACUUCAAGAAGGUGAAUAUGAUCAGCAGGGAGCAGUUUGACACCCUGACCCCAGAGCCCCCCGUGGAUCCAAACCAGGAAGUCCCUCCUGGUCCCCCCAGAUUCCAGCAAGUACCUACAGACGCUUUGGCUAACAAGUUGUUUGGAGUCCCCGAGCCUUCAACCAUCGCCCGGUCUUUGCCUACGACUGUACCAGAAUCACCCAACUACCGCAACGCCAGGACCCCCCGGACCCCUCGCACACCUCAGCUGAAGGACCCCACGCAGACGCCCCGGUUCUACCCGGUGGUGAAAGAGGGCAGGACGAUAGAUGCCAAGACUCCGCGGAAGAGGAAGACGAGGCACAGUUCAAACCCCCCGAUGGAGUGCCACGUGGGCUGGGUGAUGGACUCUCGGGAACACAGGCCCCGAACUGCUUCCAUCAGCUCCAGCCCCUCGGAGGGGACCCCGGCCGUUGGAAGCUACGGCUGCACCCCGCAGUCCCUGCCCAAGUUCCAGCAUCCUUCACAUGAGCUGCUCAAGGAGAACGGCUUCACGCAACACGUCUACCACAAGUACCGUCGGCGCUGCCUUAAUGAGCGGAAACGACUGGGCAUUGGUCAUCACUUCAACAAGAAAAUGUACGAGGAGUUCAAGCAACUGGCUGUGGAGGAUGGGAAGGAGGGAUACAGGUACGGUCUGGAGUGCCUUUUCAGAUACUACAGCUAUGGGCUGGAGAAGAAAUUCCGGCCAGACAUAUUUAAAGACUUUCAAGAAGAGACCAUCAAGGAUUACGAAGCUGGACAGCUCUAUGGGCUGGAAAAGUUCUGGGCCUUCUUAAAAUAUUCCAAAGCCAAAAAUCUGGACAUUGACAGCAAACUACAAGAAUACCUCAGCAAGUUCAAGCGCCUCGAGGACUUCCGAGUGGAUCCACCCAUGGGGGAGGAAGGUGGACACAAGAGAUACCCCAUGACGUCAGGGGGAGAUGGCAGGAAGCGCUACCCAUCCCAGUCUUCCAGCAAAACGGUCAGCCAGUGCCCGUCCAGCCAA